AACAUUAAAAAAAGGAAGGACUUUUUUUUUUUUUUUUUUUUUUAUGAAAAAGGAAAAGCAAUCUGUAAGAUUUUUUUUUGAACGAAUGAUUUCCUGACGGUUGAUGGGAUGCAUUGUAUUUUUAGGGGACGUUUUAGCACAGUGAUUUCCUCUUGAUAAGGAAAUCGAGAAAAGCAAAUAUCGUGGGAAAAUAAUUGUACUAUAAAAGAACAGUAUCUGGUGGAUACAGUUUUAUGAGGCUUACUUGCACAAGAAGUGCCGCAUAAUGUUACAAAGAUUUGAAAUAAUAAUAAGAAAACAUACACAGCAACUUCUGAAAAAUUUAUGAAAAAGUUUAACUAUUCCAUGUGGAAUAGGAGACUAAAGCAUUUUUUUUAAAUAGUUUUCUUUUCCUUGUUUGUGACAAACUCCCGCAGCAGAAGCUUGUGAGUCACGGUUAAUACAACUAGAAUAUAUUCUGGAGAAAAUACAGGGAUUUCCAUCCCUUAACGGACCUCCUGACCAAGAACAGUUGGUGUAGGAUUCUUUUUUUUUUUUUUUCUCGAGUCUAGGAGGAUUUUCUCAAACAAACUUUGAGGGAAAUCUGAAGAAAAAUCCACAAUCACUUUGCAAUUUAAAAAAUGAAACACUUGUUUUGCCUUACCGUCCUCAAAAACCAAGAUCACUUAAUAUAGUAUUAAUUUAAUCUGAAAAAAGAGAGUUAAACAAAAAAAAUAAAACAAAAAAUAAUAAUAAAUAUAUAGUUUUUAUUAAACACGUUGGACAUUUCGCCACCCCUUUGUGGGGGGUGAGUUCUGACUAAGAAUAUUUUGUUUUUAAAACACAUUUUUGGGUUAAACAAACCUAUUGGGGCCAGGAUGCGGCUGAAGAUUUCAGCGCUUGUUGUGGUCAUUUUCGUCUACAUUUUAAGCAACUGCGGUCAAACCGAUGGGGAAAUUUGCCGAAGUAUGGACAUCCGGAACAACAUCACCCAUCUGCACAUGAUCGAGAACUGCACCGUGAUUGAAGGCCACCUGCAAAUCCUGCUCAUGUUUAAGACGAAACCCUCGGAUUUCAGUGGCCUGCGGUUCCCCAAGCUCGUGAUGAUCACAGACUACCUGCUGCUGUUCCGCGUCUACGGGCUGGAGAGUCUCCGGGACCUCUUUCCCAACCUGACGGUCAUCCGGGGCACCCACCUCUUCUUCAACUACGCCCUGGUCCUCUUCGAGAUGCUGCAGCUUAAGGAGAUUGGGCUGCACAGCCUCAUGAACGUGACGCGGGGCGCUGUGCGCAUCGAGAAGAACCCUGAGCUCUGCUACCUGUCCACCCUCGACUGGUCCAAAAUCCUCGACUCGGUGGAGGACAAUUACAUUGUCUCCAACAAGGACGAUCGCGAGUGCGGAGACGUCUGUCCGGGCACCAUCAAGGGCAAGGGCUGCAUCCAGACCGCCUUCAAUGCCCACUUCGGAGAGCGCUGCUGGACUCAGGAUAACUGCCAGCGAGUUUGCCCGACGUCUUGCAAGUACAGAGCCUGCACGAAGAACCUCCUCUGCUGCCAUGAGGAGUGUCUGGGCAGCUGCUCGGAGCCCAAAGAUGCCCGCAAGUGCGUGGCGUGCCGGAACUUCCUCCACCAGGGCAGGUGUGUCGCCACCUGCCCCAAGGGCUUCUACCGCUUCGAGAGCUGGCGCUGCAUCCCCUUUGAGUUCUGCCAGGAACUGCACAACAAGUGCAAGAACCCGCAGGAGGGCUGCGACCAGUACGUCAUUCACAACGGGGAGUGCAUCCCAGAGUGUCCAUCGGGAUACACCAUGAACACCACCACGUGAGUGCCAACCCUGGCUUCGCUGUGUGC